AUGCCAGGGCACGUUGCACAGAUGCAAAGACUCUUUCAAACUGCAAAAGCGACUCUGCGGCUUGACGUUCGGUAUGCUACCUCACCAACCGGUACCAUCGACUCGAGGCUUCCGACGAGUUCCGAAGAUGGCAGUGCUGGUGGUACUGAUAGCCUUGUCGAGUCCGAGGGGCAAGAUUCGGGGACUCCCUCUGAUGAAUGGCGUUAUUCUCGGGCUCCACGGUUACUCGCCGGAUUCGAUGUCGAUGUCAGGGAGCCUUUUCCUGAUAGCUCGCCGCAACUACCUAAAUUACUUUCGGUCAGCGCGAACCACAGUAAAUUGUUGGUUGCGGAGCCACCAAGUAGCGGCUUCACCUCGCCUGUUGACAGUCCUAACAGCAGUCCUCACCCAGAAGAAGAAGAAGAAGAAGAAGUAAGAGCAAUGUCGACAUCGCCCACAGGCCAGCCAACCUCGAAUCACCAUGCUGAAGAACAAGAUGAUUCCUCCUCCUUGUCUGCCGCUGCUCUAGAGGGACCAUUAACAGAGUUACGAGUGAGCGGCGACGAUAAUAUGGACAUUGAUCUCGCAGAUGAGUCGCCCAUUGUCAGUCAUCUCAACCGACGCUCCAGGGAUCUGGUAAUGUGUGGACAGCCAUCUCCAGAGACAAAGAGGGCAAUUAUUCUCUCUGCUCCUGCAAAGGCUGCGGCAGACUCGGCAAAGGUUAGGCGUGGGAUGUUGAGCAAUCUGUUUCCCAAGCCUCCCACUCACAAAGGUAGUGACGGAGAAGUGUCUUCUACAAGGUCCCGGGAGUCCCAGGAACCCGUUGUCACUCCAUGCCCCGAUCCUUUGCUUCAUGAACGUGGGCCGGUGGUUUUGUGCCCCGAUCCAGGGGUGCACUACGGCGCGGGUAAGCAAAUCCCAUUUGGUCACAAUACCAUUACUCGAGCCCCUAACAUGCAUCAUUAUCACCACCAUCAGCACUCGCCCCAUUCAGGAAUGGCCCAGCCUUCGCUGCCCUUCAACCGGGCCACAGCAACCGGUAGUCCGAUGCCGAUGUUGAAGGUUCAAUCGCCUCCAGUGUCACCCAGACAAAUGAGGCCACCUUCUCGUGAUGCAUGGCAUGGUGCACCCCACCUCAGCCAUCGUCGACAUCCGCUUCACCAGCACGAACAGAUGAACCGGGACUACCCGUCUGGCACUACCGAACACUUCCAGCCUGGUUGGUCCCAUGCGAAGGAGGGCCCACAAACUCUCCGACCUUCAGGCCCGGCGAUGUAUCCUUUCUCAACAGCGGCUGCCAAAGUCGUCGGACAGGACCCGGCUCCUGAUUCAAGGAUACGAGACUCAUACAGGACCGACACCUUAACGCCCCUCGCCAGGCCUCCCACCAGGUUUCGAAAGAAUGGCAUUGUCGCCCUUGCCAGUGCUCGUGGUGUCGGCAAAUAUUACGGCAUGCCUGCUUAUGGACCGAGACCCUCCAGUCGAUCUAACCACUCGAGGCUAGUGCGUCUACCGGACGCCCAAAGAUUCCGCAGCAGUCCCCCAAGAUCCUUCGCAGAUUCGAUUCUACCUGCACACCCAAGAAAGCGCUCACGGGAGGUCGAAACAACUGCCAUCGGUGUACUAGAGGACAGAGCCGAUACGGGACAUCCGCUGGACCCAAAACUCAAAUUGGAAGAAGGCGAGGAUGUCAUUGCAGUUGAUGACGAGACGAGGGCAGCCAUCCGCAUGAGUCUUUAUGGCGCAUCCGCACCGGACGCAGCCAGCGAACUGGACAGGAGUAUCACAGAACUUAGCCCAAAUGUUGUGGCCUGGCGAAAAGGAGCCCGACCUUCGGGAAGAAGAAAGAAAAGACGGCCGAGUUAUUGGGAUGACGACCUAGAAGAGGUCGUACGAAGUCCAGCCGCAAGACACAUUGUGAGUUCGCCAGUCACCAAGGAAGACGUGAGGUCUCAGCAGGCCGAAGUGGAAUUCCAGGACGAGCCUCCGGUGCAGGACAUGGCCAUGGCGCACGAGCACGAUGGAAUAGAAGGUAUUUCAAGAAUUACCGAAGGAGGUACAGCUCUACAGGACGACGGGCAGAUGGAGAAUUGA